UAGCCUUUUGUUCAGCAGUAAAGAGCAGGAUUCCGUUUGUGUGGGACUCCUGUUUAAGUGUUUGUGUUCGGGUGAUCCUGAAGUAGGGGUUCUGUGGUAUGUACAGAAACGUAAGAGUGGGACAAAAAUGAGUUUUCCCGUGCUGUCUCCAUUCUAUCUCCAGGAAAUCCAGUUGUUUUACCCAUUUUCCAUGUUUUGGAGUCCUGUGUGAAAAGCACGUGUGGCUGGGCUGCAAGAGCAGGAAGGCAGGAUGCUGUCGAGACCAAAGCCUGGCGAGUCCGAGGCAGACCUGCUGCGUUUUCAGAACCAGUUCCUGGCAGCCAGAGCUUCACCUGCAGUGAAGAUUGUGAAGAAAGCAGACAAGAGGAAAGGGAAGGAAGGGAGCACAGAUGCUGAGAGACCCCCACUCCAGGACAGCAAAGAUGUAGUCAUGUUGGAUGGUUUUCCUGAUACUCUCCCAGCUCUAACUCCAGCUCCUCCAAAAAAGUCCAAGAUCAAAAGUGCUAGUGUCCACUUCGAGGAUGAAGAUCCAGAGGAAAGAUUGGACAGUCAUGAUCGACAUAUUACAGCAGUCUUCAGCAAAAUUAUUGAACGAGACACCAGUGCAGUAGCAGUGACCAUGCCAGUGCCCACGGGAGACCCAUUCCCAAGGACAUUUCACCGCUCCGAGAUAAAAAGUGAGGUGCAGCUGGGAUCUGGAAAAAAAAGCAUCUUUGCGCAGAAGAUGGCAGCAAAAAGAGCUGCUGAAAAGGCAGCGACGGCUCCCUCUGCUGCCGAGUGCGUGGAAGUACGAUCAGCUGCUCCGGAUGCCUUGGAUCCUGUGGGAUCCGCGGGCGAGGCGCCUCUCCCCGGCAGCAGGGGUGAUAAAGAUGAUGACUUUUUGACCUCUCAGCGUCCUUGUCUCAUAACGGGAGAGGGUCUUGGAAGCCAAAAGAGUGAGCAGGAAGCUCAAGCUAUUCACAAAGAGAACUUGGAGAAGCUGCAGUCCAUGUCUGAGGAAGAGAUCUUGCAGGAGCAGGCGAGGCUUCUGGCUCAGCUGGAUCCCAGUUUAGUUGCUUUCUUGAAAUCACAACGUGGUAACAAUGAAGGCCAGAAAAAGGAGUUAAAAAUGGAACUGAACAGACCGGAGGAGUUUGUGGAAUCUCGGCAUGUGGCUCAGCAUGGUGUAAGAUCAUCUCUUUCCAUGCAGGAGUCAGGUCUAGAAGAACAUGUAAGGAAGGAAGAAAAUAUGAAGGUAGAAAUCAUGGAUGAUGAUCUGCCUGUGAAGCCCAGGAAGGAGUGGAUUCACAUGGACAAUGUAGAGUUUGAGAAGCUGGAAUGGAUGAAAGAUUUGCCCUCACCUCGGCAGAAGAAAACCAAAAAGAGAAUGCAAGCUCGAUUCAGUUUAAAGGGAGAAUUGAUUCCUGCGGAUGCUGAUUUGCCAACACAUCUAGGCUUGCACCACCAUGGAGAAGAGGCAGAGAGAGCUGGUUAUUCUCUGCAAGAGCUCUUUCAUCUGUCUCGCAGCCAAGUUACACAACAGAGGACGCUGGCUCUGCAGGUCUUAGGUCGUAUUGUUCAAAGGGCCAGGGCUGGAGAGUUUGCUUCCUCGUUGAAGGGCAGUGUUCUGCGUCUGCUGCUUGAUGCUGGCUUUCUCUUCUUGCUGCGCUUCUCGCUGGAUGAUGCGGUGGAAAAUGUCAUGGCAGCAUCUGUUGGUGCUCUCCGGGCUCUGCUGGUGUCACUUGAUGAUGAGAAAUAUCUCGAUUGGACUUUCUCAUGGUACCAAGGGAUGGCUGCAUUCCCCUUUGUCCCUAACAAUGAGGAGGAAGAAGAGGAGGAAGAGGAAGACUUAAAUGGAACAGAGAAAUCUCAAAAUAAAAAAUUAAAGGAUGAAAACAAGCCAGACCCAGAUGUGGCCCGAUAUGAUGUUGUAAAGGGACUUUUGAAGACAAGGAUCCAGCACCGGCUGAGGUACAUCCUAGAGGUGGUGCGACCUGUUCCAUCAGUAGUUCUGGAUAUACUGCACAUCCUCACACAUAUAGCAAGGCACUCCUCUGAGGCAUGCAGCCAGCUGCUUGACUGUCCUCGAUUGAUCGAGACCAUUGUCAGGGAAUUUCUCCCUACUCAGUGGGAUCCCAAAGUGGCUGAACCAGGGUUUUUACUUACCAGUCUCCACGGAAUUGCUUGUGCCAGUGCUAUGAAGUUCAUCAGGGUCUUGGCAUCUGGAGGCCGAAAUGCAACAGCCAGGCUGCUUAACAAAUUUGAGCUGAAGAGUCGGUUGAGUCGCUUUGUCGCUGAGGAGCCUGUGGACGUGCCCCUGCCGAGGGAGGAGGCCGUGCGGCUGAGCGCCGAAGCCUUCCGCCUGUGGGCGGUGGCUGCCGCCUACGGGCAGGCCUGCGACCUCUACAGUGACCUCUACCCUGUGCUGGUGAGGAUCCUGCAGUCGCUGCCGGAGUUGCUCAGUGGGAAGAGCCCUGCGGUUGAGCUGUCUGUGCAGCGAGCUGCAGCAGUGGUUACUCUGUUGACACAUGUGACACAAACAGCAGGAUACGCAGCAGAGCUGCAGGCCAAGUUGAGCAGCAAUAACUCAGAAGAUAAUGAACCGAUCCCACCUCCUCCAGUGGCAUGGAGUCAAGUGUCAGGCUUACAGCCCUUCCUUGAGACAAGUCUGAAAAAAAUCCUUCAGCAGCUAUCCCAGACAGAAACUUGGCAAACACUCCAGCCUCUGACCACAACUUGUGUGAUCUUCUUGGGAGUUUAUUACAGUGCUUACAGCCAACAGCCAUCAGUCAAUCCAGUUGACUGCUUAGAGGAACUGGAACGUUUGACAUCAGAGGUGCUGCAGCCCCUUCUCAGCCAGCCAGCGAUAGACAGCAUGUGGGACUUGCUCAGGCCAUGUUCUGCUUUGUGCAACCCUCUGUCCUGUUCCCCGGCACCAGAAUCUGUCGGCAGCAUUGCAUCUCUGAGCUGCACUGGAGGCAAACCUCCUUUGAGCCUUGUUGGCUCCAAGUCACCUUUCCCCUUCCUCACUGCCCUCUUAUUUCUCAUCAAUAACAUCACUCACAUUCACAAGGGCCUGACCAGCAAGUACAGCUCUGUGCUGGGCUUCAGAGGCUUGAAGGAUUAUCUGCAUCAAAGCUGGCAGACUGGACCUCCCUCUGUGACUCCCUCAUCUGCGUGGAUCCUGCGCCAUGAGUAUCACCUACAGUACUUUGUGUUAGCGUUGGCUCGGAAAAUGGCAGGCACUUGUCCAGAUUACGCCCAGCAUGCCUCACUCCAUCACUGUGUUGCCAUGGCAUUGCUAAGCCGUCUGUUGCCAGGGAGUGAGCAUCUGGCUCAUGAGGUCCUACUGGAUCUUGCCUUUAAUCCAGAGUUUCUUCCUGAAGGGAAAGCUGGUGGGCCAGAAGCAGCUGACUUCUCUGAUAUUCUGCAUCUGGGCACCAGUGCCAAACUGGCACAGCCUGGCUCUGCAGCAGCAUUUCUUCCAAGGGUUACUCGUGGUGCCCUGCUGAGAGAAGCAUACCAGAAUCUGCCUUCUAUUCGUUCCUGCUACCUCUCCCACUUUGUCCACUUGCAGCCCACCCUUAUGCGUUCUCAGGCAUCCUACCAAGGGCAGAAUUACCUCAUCCAGUCAAUGCUGCUUCCUGAGGUCAAAGGGCCCAUCCUGCCUUCAGACUGGCCAUUCUUUCCACUUAUCAGCCUCUACAACAAAGUGACUAAUGCAGAGACACGUGGGGCCAUACUGAACUCUCUUCCACUUGAUCUCAUCAACACUGUGACCUGGAACCUGCAGUGGGUCUUGUUGCUGGAAACGUGGCGUUCUAAAAUCCUCCAGAGCAUCCCAACUGCUGCCAAACUUGCACGGCUUAUGUGUGUCUUCCUCACUGGCAGUGACCUCUUUCUAGAAGCACCAAUCCACCGCUACACAGCUGCCCUUCUCUCUGUGUAUUGCCAACCCAAGGUCCUGGACUCUCUGAACCUGGAUGCUCCUCUCCCUGGUUUGGCAUCCUUCCAUGAUCUCUAUAUAAGCCUCCUGGAGCAAUUUGAGGGUGUCUCCUUUGGAGAUCCACUCUUUGGAGUCUUUGUUCUUCUACCUCUACAGAAGCAUUUCAGUGUUCAUCUGCGUCUCUCUGUUUUUGGGGAGCACACAAAUAUCCUGCGGGCGCUGGGAGUGCCGUUACAGCAGUUUCCUGUGCCUCUUGAGCGCUACACUUUCCCUCCUGAGGAUAACCUGAACCUCCUCCGACUCUACUUCCGAACGCUGGUCACUGGUGCGCUGCGCCACACCUGGUGCCCUGUUCUGUACCUGGUGGCUGUGGCUCAUGUGAACAGUUUCAUUUUCUCCCAAGAAAGCACAACACAGGAGACAGAUGCUGCUCGGAAAAGCAUGCUGCGGAAGACGUGGCUGUUGGUGGAUGAGACCUUGAAAAAGCACCUGCUGUAUUACAGACUGGUGAAUGCAGAGAGUCCUUUGGGAUUUGACCUUUAUGAGCAGCUCCCUCCCAUGCGACUGAGGUACCUGCAGAAAGUGACACAGAAAGAAAUUACCGAGAAUGCACCAGUGCUAGACUCAUAGCAAAGCACUUCAGCUAGAAGAGGGCCAAGGUGAAGAAUGGAAAAGCUCAAUUAUACUUCACUGAUGAAACUACUUUCAGUUCAGAUGGUUUUAGUGUUUUACCUGGACGCUCUUGGCAUCUUUGCCUAGUGAGGCACUAGUAAAAUGCUCCCAUCCCUGCAGAACAUACAUGCUGUCAAAAUAUGCCAGCAUGUGUGUGACCUCUUUGUGAUGGAUGUUGGAGCAUUUU